CGAAACUGAAAAGAUCCUCUCAGGAGUAUUUGCCGCUUAUUAGGAGUGUCCUUGUUCACUCGAUUUUGCUCUAACAUUGGCAUUUUAUCGAACAAGUGGUGUGCGGCGUUAUUGUUCUUCAAUAGCCAAAAAAGGCGAUCACACUAAAAGCAGCUUGGUUCUUGUUUUUUCUUUGCACGUGCCAUUAAAGGGAAAGCACUUCGCAUUUCAUCGCGGUCUGAGAUAAGAACAGACAUUUGUAGCAAAACAGACAUCUGAACAAUUAUGCUAUUGUAAGACUACUGGAAAGUUAUCAUCCCAAACAGUGCACCGACUGCAAAGAGAUAUAUACUGAUGCACAACUGGAGAAUGAAAAGCUGUAAUUAGUACAAAUGCAGCAAUGUUGGUAAAGGAUCAAUGUGAAGAAUACACGGGGUACAUUUCAGAUCCUCCUUUUUUCUUGAUAUCUUUGGAGUUUCAAAGUUAGUUUCUAAUAAAUAAUAUCAACUCUCUCUGGCAUUCUCCAUUUGUGUGGAUAUAUAGUUGAACUAGUUUUCCAAGCCUGGUUCCAUGUAACUAAUACUUGAAAAAUUGCAUUAUAGAAAGUGACAUUAAAUUUGUUUUCGAAGUUUGAUCUGGUGCACUAGUCAACCAAAGAAGAGAUGGGGUAGGAUUUGGUCAUGUAAAAGUGUCAGUAAAACAUAGAUUUGUCAGGUGUUUGGAGCAAUGUGAUCCAUAGCCAUGAGGGCUUGCUCUCUACGGGUGUCCAUCCUUCUCUGGUUGCGAUUUGCUUCUCCCUUCUUUGGUGGUUCUGCUUCCCUUUUUGAGUUUGAGUUGGAUUUUUGGCUUAUGGUUUUCGUGGGCUACAUGGUAGUCAACACCCAGGAGAUGAUUGAGAGGGCACACCUUGGUGAUCUGGACUACGUGAAGCAUCCCCCAACCCCUUUCACUGAUUUCAUUGCCGUUUUGUUCGCGCACACAUAAUCAGAGUAAUUUUGUCUCUAACCAGCUUAGAAUACCAGCUUUCCUUUUAAUGGGUUCUUCCCCCGUUUUCGUUUUACAAUGUUCCAUCACAUUCUUCCUGCUGUGCUAUCUCAGCAGAAAAACCCUUCUAGGGAAUUGCAACCUCCGCCGCCACAGCCACAACUAGCUUCAAAUUUAUCAAGCUGAUAAGCAUCCAUUGUCUAUAAGUUGUAUUAGACAUUUCAAGAUUAGGUGUAUCACCAGGAAGUGUCUCUUUUUACAGAAGUGUAGAACAAGAAAAAGGCUGGGAAAGUGUUCUUUUACUGCAUCAGGCCACAGUUUGUGACGGCUACCUUGGCUUAAGGGCGGUUGAAUCCUCUUUCUGCCACAACAGCUCUCUUAUCUCCUGUCUGCGUGAUUGGCUAAGACCUUCAGAAGCUGUGUUCUUUCAGAGUUGGGAGCUUGUCAUGUUUCGAAAGAAGAUGGAGAGAGAGAGAGAGACAUCAUGGUUAGAAGAAGAGGAAGAGGAAGAAGUUUGUUAAUGAUAUUAACAUGUGAAUGAAAAUAAUUUGGCUUUUAAGUUUCAAUUUGAAUGGAGAUCAAACUAAUGAGGUCUCCUGUUACUAAGUCUUUAAUUCAUUGAUAACACCAAAUCCCGCGGCAAAGCGUGAGUAAAAUUUCUAGUGCAUGGACUAAAUUGCCUGUGCUUCCACCGGUCGAUAUACAAAUGUGUCGUCUCUCAUUUUACCAAACUCUCAAAAACCAAUGUCCCUUGGUUGUCAUGUUCUUUCUUCAUUCUUUUACUGUUUUAUCUCUAAAUGAAGAGCUAGUCGGUGACAACUGGCAACUGCAUAUACCUAUCAAACCAAACCAAUAAUUCCAUUGGCAAAAUAUCUCCCACUCUUUCGGUGGUGACUGGACUGAUCGGUCCUCUACCCUUACCUUUUCUUCUUUCCUCGGUAGUUUCGCUUCAUCUUACAGGAAAAACUGUGAUAAGUGCAGUGUGCACCUACUGAGAGCCUCGUCCUCUUCUGCCCCUUAAUCAUUUCACCUGCUUUUUCCACCCGUUCAUACACGUACAAUGUGUUCCUGAUUUUGCCACUUUACCUUAUCUUCUUCUCCAUUUCUUGUUAGUUUCGUUUCAUCUUACACGCCCUUGACUUCGUAUUGACGUUGAUCGAAGCUAGCAGGAAACAGUGAUCAGUACGUGUACCUAUUUUUGAGAGCCUCUUCCUCUUCCUCUUCUGCUCCUAGCCUUCUUCAUUCCAUCAGCGAGCUGUGCCUGAAAUCAAACAAAAAGCCAGAUUCGAUAUAUGGCCAUCCAAUUGAGAGCUUCUUCUUCUCUCUCCUCUGCUUCUUCCACCGGUUCGUGGAGACAUGAUGUGUUUCUGAGUUUCAGAGGCGAGGAUACUCGCUACGGUUUCACAGGUCAUUUGCACAGGUAUUUGGUUCAAAGGGGGAUCAACACCUUCAUAGAUGAUGAUGAUCUUCCAAGGGGAGAGGAAAUAUCAGAAGCACUUCUCCGAGCCAUUGAAGGAUCAAAGCUCUCCCUCAUCGUCUUCUCCGAAAACUAUGCAUUCUCAAAGUGGUGUUUGGAUGAACUAGUUCAUAUCCUUGGAUGUAGAAGAUCAAAGAACCAAAUGGUUCGGCCAAUCUUUUACAAAGUGGAUCCAACGGACGUAAGACACCAAAGAGACACAUUUGGUGAGGCACUUGCAGAGCAUGAACGCAUAUUCAAGGAUGACAUGGACAAGGUGUUAAGAUGGAGAGCAGCUCUUUUAGAAGCUGCUAAUUUGUCUGGGUGGCAUUUCUCGAGCGGGCAUGAAUCUAAAUUUAUUGAUAUAAUUGUUGAAGAGGUCUCUACAAAACUAAAAGAACGUACCAAUUUGGAUGUGGCGAAGUGUCCGGUUGGGAUAGACUCUCGCCUACAAGACAUGCUUGAAAUUUUAGAUGUUGGGGGAGGUGAUCGUAUACGCAUGGUAGGGAUAUGGGGGAGUGGUGGAAUAGGUAAGACAACAAUUGCUAAAGCUGCUUACAAUACAAUUGCCCAUAAGUUUGAUGGUAGCUGCUUUUUGGCAAAUGUUAGAGAAGGUUCAGAGCAACAUGGAGGUUUAGUCAACCUACAAAACAUCAUUCUUUCAAAGAUUCUAGGGGGCAAAGAACUCAAAGUAAUCAAUGUUGAUGAAGGAAUUACUUUGUUGCGGGAGAGGUUGAGAUAUAAGAGGGUUCUUUUAGUUCUUGAUGAUGUGGAUCGAUUGGACCAGUUAGAGAAAUUAGCUGGUAGACCAGAUUGGUUUCACAGCGGCAGUAGAGUUAUCAUAACAACAAGAGAUAAGCAUUUGCUGAUUGCUUAUCCAGUGAAUCAAAUAUACAAGGCACGGAAACUAGAUCAUCAUGAAGCUUGUGAGCUAUUCCUUGAAAAUGCCUUGAUGACUAAUAGAAAUAUGGAUAAUGAUGAAAAACUCGCAGUUAACACUAUUGUUGAAUAUGCUCAAGGCCUUCCAUUAGCGCUGAAAGUUUUAGGUUCACAUCUGUGCAGUAAACCUAUAUGUCAGUGGCGAGCUUUAUUAGAUGGUCAUAGAAGAAGUCCUCUUCAAGACAUUCAAAAGAUUCUCAAAAUCAGUUACGAUGCACUGGAAGAACCAGAGAAAGAAAUCUUCCUUCACAUUGCAUGCUUCUUCAAACAUAAAAAUAAGAACGAUGUGAUAGCAAUAUUAGAAGGUUGUGGUUACAGCAACCCUAUGUCUAGUAUUGAAGUUCUCGAAGAAAAGGCCCUCCUAAAUGUUGAACAUGCUGAUAUUUUCAUGCAUGAUUUGCUAGAAGAAAUGGGAAAAAAAAUAGUUCAUGAAGAGUCGCCUAAAGAGCCUGGUGGUCGCACCAGAUUGUGGUAUCACAAAGAUGUUCUCCAAGUUCUAACAGAGAACACAGGAACAAGUAACAUUGAAGGCAUAAUGGUAAAGAUGCCAACAGCAGAUGAGAUACGUUUGAGUCCUAAAUGCUUCAAAAAGAUGAUAAAUCUUAAACUUUUUAUAAACGUCAAUGGACGGUUUUGUGGAAAUGUUGAUUAUUUUCCAAAUCAAUUGCGGGUACUUGAUUGGCGUUACUGCCCGCUACAAUCUUUGCCCUCCAAUUUUAAUAUGAAGAAUAUGGUUCAACUUAGCAUGCCUUGCAGCCGCAUCUCAUGUUUUGGAGAAGGAUUCAAGAGUAUGGAAAAUCUGAAAUCCUUAAAAUUGAGGGGAUGUAAAUUCCUAGCACCAAGCCCAGACCUGUCUGGAAGCCCAAACUUAGAGUUUCUGGAUCUAAGUUUCUGUACAAGUUUAAAGAAGAUUCACCCUUCGGUUGGAUCUCUCAAAAAGCUUGUUAUACUGGAUCUAAGUGGGUGUAAAAGGUUAGAGGAGGUUUACCCUUCAGUUGGAUCCCUCAAAAAGCUUGUUAGACUGGAUCUAAGUGGGUGUAAAAGGUUAGCACCAUGCCCAGACCUGUCUGAAAGUCCAAACUUGAACUUUCUGGAUCUAAGUUUCUGUACAAGUUUAAAGAAGAUUCACCCUUCGGUUGGAUCCCUCAAAAAGCUUGUUCACUUGAAUCUAUGUGGAUGUAAAAGGUUAGAGGAGGUUCACCCUUCGGUUGGAUCCCUUAAAAAGCUUAUUCACCUGGAUCUUGAAGAAUGCUCUAAACUUCGGAUGCUACCUGGCGAAGUCGACUGGAGAUCCCUCCAAACCAUUAAACUUGACGGUUGCAGAAUGCUGGAGAGUUUUCCUGAAAUUGUGGGAGAGAUGAAAUACAUGAGAUCCUUGAGUCUGUACGACACUGGCAUCAAAGCAUUGCCUUCAUCCAUUGGAUAUCUAAUUAACCUUGAAUGGUUGGAGUUACAAGAUUGUGGAAACCUCACAGAUCUACCUUACAGCAUCUAUGAAUUGCAAAAUCUGGAGGCUGUUUAUUUGUACGACUGCCCAAAACUCGUAAGAUUCCCAAAUAAGGGGGACUCUGAAGUGCUUCCAACUUACUCAAAGGUUUCACAUGACGAAGGAUGCAGUUCAAUGGAGCCGCACAAUUUGGCACUACGUCACUUCACCGCGAGAGGAUGCGACGCCGCUGUAUCUAAUACUGAUUUCCUCGCAUCCCUUGAUUGGGCACGUGAAAUUGAUAUAUCAGGAAGCGCCAUUGUUAUUCUUUCCGAAUGCAUCAACGAAUUUCUCUACCUGAGGGAACUCAAUUUGAGCGGCUGCACGAGGCUCGUAGAAAUUCCAGAGCUUCCACCAAGUAUUCGCCGGUUGUAUGUGAGUGAUUGCGUAUCAUUGGAAAGAAUUUCGAAGUUGUCAAACAUUUUGGAGCGUAAAGAAUCACAAAUGAUUGAGGAGAUGGACUUGACUAAUUGCUGGAGACUCUGUCAAAAUUUGGUUCAGAUGGCAAACAAGGAUGAUGAUGAUAAAGUGCACGCUGAGCUCUUCUCUCGACUCCUAUCUUCUCAGCUAUCCAAAUUCACAAUUACAUUUCCAGUUCCAAGAAGCGAGGUUCCAAAGUGGUUCAGCUGUCAAAUGGAUUUCAAGGGGCAUCACCGGUUUGAAUUUUGUAUUGAAACACUUGCAAAUUUCAAAUGGGACUACACAGGAUUGGCUCUCUGUGUUGCUGUUGGUCAAAACCUGAAACCUACUGCUAUUGUGGUCAAUAUUCACAUCAAAACCUGCAACCUACUGUUUUUUGAUCAUCUCAGUGUUUCAUGUCUCCCCAGACAGUGGGUUUAUUCAGCAGAGUCGGAUCAUGUGUGGCUGCACUAUGUUCCCUUCCUUGAAAUGUGGCCAUUUGAUUAUAUGCGUCCAUUGCCCCCUUUUACGUGUCGAGUCAUUAUUCAACUUGAGAGCUAUGAGUCCUCCGUUAGAAGCUGUGGGGUCCACCUUGUAAUGCCACCCAAUGAAGACGUUUGUAUGAAGCUAAUCCGGAACCACACCAGGGAACUUCCUACGUUAUAAGGACUUCUGGGACAAUUAUUGUCCCAAACAGAGGACUGACUGCAAAGAAUUAUAUACUGAUGCACAACUGGAAAACGAAAAGCUGUAAUUAUUAGUAAUGCAGCAUAGCAUUGUCUAUGGACCAGUGUGACGAAUACAGGGACUGCCCUGAGGAAUCUAAGGAAGCCAUUGCAUCACUAAUGGAUACUGCAGCUAGAUUUUCUGAUUUACCAGAGUUUUGUGACAUUAGGCCACUAUUUCAAGAGAGAUAAGUGAACUCUGGAUUAUUAUGACGAUCAGAAGUUUGUUGAGAACAUAGCUUCAAAGCCUCCCACAUUGGAGAAGAAGGUUCAGUUGACAUAGCAUUGGAGUUUUCAAUAAAGUGGGACUCCAUGGCCUUUGAACAAAGGAUGUCUAAACCUCCUGCAUUUAUACAGUGCAAGCCAUGAAAUCUUGGAUAUGUAUAGGGUUUCAAGCACAAGCAUCAAUCUAUGUAAGCAAAGCUAUGAAAUGGUGGGAGAAAACCCUAAAACUGAACAUGGUGGAAAUCCAUUCUGCUAAGAACUUAUUGAUUCUUUGCAUAAUGCUGGUGAUAGAUUGGUCAUAGUGGAUUUUUACUCACCUGGUUGUGGAGAUAGUAGAGCUCUCCAUCCCAAG